AUGUCAAAGCAAUGGGUCAAUACAAUCAAGCGAUCCACAUCCGUCUUGAGAACAAAGCCCAUGCUACUGCCAUACAAACCCAAACCCAUCACCGUGCGACCGAUACAAACACAAUCCACAAAAACUAUACCCAGCAUACCACCACCACCGGUAGUUCCUGCUGCUACGACGCAUACAUCGCUACAGAAGCCUUUUAAAAAGACAUUCAACAAGUUGCUGGUUGCCAAUCGAGGUGAGAUUGCAUGCCGCAUAAUCAAGACAGCCAGAAAAAUGGGCAUCAAGACCGUAGCCGUGUAUUCCGACCUCGAUGCCAAUGCCCUGCAUGUACAAAUGGCUGACGAAGCAGUUCAUUUAGGGCCUGCCUCUUCACAAGAAUCCUACUUGUCAAUACCCCGCAUUUUAUCUGCUAUCCAACGCACAGGGGCCGAAGCUGUGCACCCGGGUUACGGAUUUUUAAGCGAAAAUCCCACGUUUGUAAAGGUACUGGAGCAGAACGAGAUUACGUUUGUAGGGCCAAAAGCAUCGGCGAUUGCUGCCAUGGGAGACAAGAUUCAGAGCAAGCUGAUAGCAAAGGCGAGCGGCGUGCAUUGUAUACCGGGAUUUGAUGGCGAAGUGGAUAGCGUACAAGAGUCACUGCGCAUUGCAAACCAGGACAUUGGAUAUCCGGUCAUGAUCAAAGCCAGUGCGGGAGGUGGAGGCAAGGGUAUGCGCAUUGCGUGGAAUGACAAGGAAUUGAGUGAUGGAUUCAAACUGGCCAAGCAAGAGUCCAAGUCAUCCUUUGGUGAUGACCGCAUGUUGAUUGAAAAGUACAUUGACAACCCUCGCCAUAUUGAAGUGCAAGUGCUGGGAGACAACUUUGGAAAUGUAGUGUAUCUGCCAGAGCGAGAAUGCUCCAUCCAGCGUAGAAAUCAAAAAGUCAUUGAAGAGUCGCCCAGUGUGCAUGUGGACGCAGAGACCAGACGCAAGAUGGGAGAGCAAGCAGUGGCGCUAGCAAAACAUGUCGGUUAUAACUCUGCAGGCACAGUAGAGUUCUUGGUGGAUUCUUCGCGCAAUUUCUAUUUCUUGGAGAUGAAUACGCGGCUACAAGUGGAACACCCCAUUACCGAGUAUGUCACUGGACUGGAUUUGGUAGAGCAGAUGCUCUAUUCAGCAGCAAACCACCCUCUGGAACUGAAACAGGAUCAGAUAGAUAUCAAAGGCUGGGCUUUUGAGUCGCGCGUGUAUGCAGAGGAUCCAGAGAAAUACUUGCCCUCCGUUGGACGCUUGCUGACAUACCAAGAACCGUUGGCUAUCGAAGGAAAAGUACGCUGUGAUUCCGGUUUCGUAGAGGGCUCAGAAAUGCAUGUAGAGUAUGAUCCCUUGAUCUGUAAAUUAGCAACGCACGGUCAAACGAGACAAGAAGCGUUGCAGCACAUGGUGAAGGCCUUGGACGAGUAUGUGAUCAAAGGUGUCACGCAUAACAUUCCUCUGCUGAGAGCUGUGUUUGCUCAUCCUCGGUUCCAAGACGGCAAGCAGAUCACAACUCACUUUUUGGCAGAAGAAUAUCCCAAUGGUUUUCAAACAGAACAAUUAAGUAAAGAAGCCGUACAGCAAUUAGCUGCUGUCACUGGCGCAUUGUGGAUGAAAAAAGAGGCCCGAAACUGGCAAGGCGGCUGGAAUAGACCAGCCACAGCUCUGUCCAUAUGGGUUCACAUUACUGAUGAACAAAGUCAGCAAGUAAUGAAGUCUAAUAUCAAACUGAAGCAUCUUCAAGGCACCGAAUUCGAGGCACACUCAGCAGACGGCAUCUUCAAGUUUUCUACAAGAUGGCCGUUGAAUGGGCUGCUGGCACACUCGCUUGUGGGCGACACCAAGAAACCACUCGUACUGCAAUACCUCGACCCCCUCGACAUGGGAUUCCGAAUUCAAUACCAUGGCAGCAAGUAUAAAGUUAAUGUGUAUAGCAAAGAACAAAACGAUCUAUCAAAAUACAUGAAGACUCAAUCCGUUGCUGAGCAGAGCAAAAUCAUAUCCAGUCCUAUGCCGGGACGUAUUGUCAGUAUUGCUGUCAACGAAGGAGAAGAAGUAAUAGAAGGAAGCGAGUUAGUGGUUGUUGAAGCCAUGAAGAUGCAGAAUAUUCUGAGAACACCUCAGUCUGGCAUCAUCAAGAAGAUCCAUGUCCAAGCUGGACAUAAUGUGAGAUCAGGGCAGGUGCUGAUCGAAUUUCAAGAUGAAGCGAGCAGCAGUAGCCAUGUACCAUAG